AUAGAAAGAAGAAGCGCGCGUCAGUUCAGAUUCAGUGCCGCAGUUUAUCUACACCGGACAUCUCGCAGAGAAGUUGCGGGAAAGACACGGGAUUCACUUGCUUUGUUUCAACUGGUCAACUACUUUUGCGCAUCCAUACAUGUAAUAACUAGAGGACGGCAGGUAGAUAUUCUUUAAAUAACCAACUUAAAGGCUGACCGCUCGUCGAUGGAGUGCUACGGGGAGCGUGAAACUUGAGACACUUCUAGCGUGUUUAUUCACACCAUUGUGGCUCGAGCAUCAUGUCCGCGAUCCGGAGAAAAUUUGGCGAAGACUAUCAGGUGGUGAACACCAACCGGGCCAUGUCCUUUUCUGCCCCUGCUAAAAGAAAGCGUCAGCGGUUUGUGGAGAAAAACGGGCGCUGCAACGUCCAGCACGGUAACCUUGGUGGGGAGACCAGCAGGUACAUCUCCGACCUUUUCACCACGCUCGUCGACCUCAAGUGGCGCUGGAACCUGCUCAUUUUCCUUUUAACGUACACAGUCGCGUGGCUCAUCAUGGCAUCGAUGUGGUGGAUCAUCGCGUACAUCCGCGGAGACCUCGGCCACGGCCACGACGACUCGUACACGCCGUGCGUCGCCAACGUUUACAACUUUCCCUCAGCUUUCCUCUUCUUCAUUGAGACUGAGGCCACUAUAGGCUACGGGUACCGAUAUAUAACGGAGAAGUGCCCGGAGGGCAUCAUCCUUUUCCUUUUUCAGUCGCUGUUGGGCUCCAUCGUGGACGCGUUUCUCAUCGGCUGUAUGUUCAUUAAGAUGUCUCAGCCCAAGAAACGCGCAGAGACCCUCAUGUUUAGCCAGGACGCGGUCAUCUCACAACGGGACGGGAAGCUCUGCCUCAUGUUUAGGGUUGGAAAUCUCAGGAAUAGCCACAUGGUGUCGGCGCAGAUCAGGUGCAAGCUCAUCAAGUCUCGUCAAACCCCAGAGGGAGAGUUUCUACCAUUGGAUCAGCGGGAAUUGGAUGUUGGAUUUGGAACGGGUGCUGACCAACUUUUCCUCGUCUCACCCCUCACAAUAUGUCACGAGAUCAAUUCCAAUAGCCCCUUUUUUGACCUGUCCCAGCGAUCCCUCAUGAACGAACAGUUUGAGAUCGUCGUCAUCCUGGAAGGAAUCGUGGAAACUACAGGCAUGACGUGCCAAGCACGAACAUCUUAUACAGAGGAUGAGGUGCUGUGGGGUCACCGCUUCCUACCAGUCAUGUCGCUGGAGGAAGGAUUCUUCAGAGUAGACUACUCUCAGUUCCACAACACAUUUGAGGUGCCCACUCCUCCAUACAGUGUGAAGGAACAAGAUGAAAAGUCCUCCCUGCCGUCCCCUGGUCCUAUUCUCUCGCCUACAUUGAUUGAGGGUCGUCGCAGAGAGCGCAUCUUUUCUUUAGAUGGGGUUCCUCAUUCUGAUGAUCCUGGGAGUAAAUUACCGAGCAAACUCCAGCGUAUGUGCUCUAAGAAUGGAAAAGAGGUCCUCAAAACUGGAAGUCCACAGCCAACAGAAAAGGCCAGCAGCACAGGUGACCUGCCCCUCAGGGUACAGCGGCUUGGUUCCCUGGUGGGUCAUGGAGAGACAGAAAAUCACCUUCGUCUCAAACCUCUUAAGAUGGGUUCAGAGACUCACACCCAGUCAGCAGGAGAACUGGAGCAUCACAGAAAGCUCUCAGCACCUGCUCCAGUGCCUGGCCCAAGUCUCAACCCAUUGCCUGGUUCUAGUAGCCGACCAGAGGACAACCUCCCUGCUAAAUUGCGCAGAAUGAACGCAGACCACUGAACGGGUCUUUAUUUUUGACUUUAUUUCCGAACAUCGUGGCCUAGGAGGUAGAGAUCAUUCUUGAAAUAAAUUACUAUUGAAUAAUAUUUAUUUAUAAAGGACUAUACUGUGAUUCUUCUCCUCUAUGCUUAAUGAGUCGGCAAUCAAACUCAUUGCUUUUCCCUUCAAGAGCAUCAGCAUUGUACAUAUUGUGAAUUCGAUCAGAAUUCAAAUAAGCUUUUUAAAAUAAAUAAUUCAGCACCUUUAUUGUAUGAAAACAAAAUAACACAUAUUUAUUUAUACUAUAUAAGUUACUUACCAAAUAUUUAUUUAGCAGGAUAUUUAUUGAUAAAGUAUGCAUAAGAUUUACUGUUUAAGGCUUUUU